UGCUGCUCGAACCCCUGCCAGAACAGGGGGGUGUGCAUGACGACGGGGCUCGACCGCUACGAGUGCGACUGCACGCGGACCGGUUUUUACGGCGAGAACUGCACCACGCCGGAGCUCUUCACGUGGCUGAAGCUGUCGCUGAAGCCUACGCCAAACACCGUCCACUACAUCCUCACGCACUUCAAGGCACUCUGGAAUAUCAUCAACAACAUCCCCUUCCUGCGGGACACCAUCAUGCGCUACGUGCUCACGUCAAGAUCACAUUUGAUCGAUAGCCCCCCGACUUACAACAGCGACUACAACUACAAAAGCUGGGAAGCAUAUUCCAAUCUCUCCUACUACACAAGGAGCCUGCCACCUGUGGGACUUGACUGCCCAACACCAAUGGGUGUUAAAGGGAAGAAAGAGCUCCCAGAUUCAAAGCUGAUUGUGGAGAAGUUUUUGCUACGGAAGAAGUUUAUUCCUGACCCGCAAGGCACAAACGUGAUGUUCACGUUCUUUGCUCAGCACUUCACUCAUCAGUUCUUUAAGACAGAUCACACAAAAGGACCUGGCUUCACGAAAGGUCUCGGCCAUGGGGUUGACCUGAACCAUAUUUAUGGAGAGACUCUAGAGAGACAACUUAAACUGAGACUUCUUAAGGAUGGAAAGCUAAAAUACCAGAUGAUUGAUGGGGAAAUGUAUCCACCCACGGUGAAGGACACCCAGGCAGAAAUGCUCUACCCUCCUCACGUUCCUGAGCACCUGCGGUUCUCUGUCGGGCAGGAGGUGUUCGGUUUGGUGCCAGGUUUAAUGAUGUAUGCUACAAUAUGGCUCAGAGAACACAAUCGAGUCUGCGACAUCCUCAAACGGGAGCAUCCCGAGUGGGAUGACGAGCGACUCUUCCAGACUGCCAGGCUCAUAUUGAUAGGAGAAACUAUCAAGAUUGUUAUUGAAGACUACGUGCAGCACCUGAGCGGCUACCACUUCAAACUGAAGUUUGAUCCGGAGCUGUUGUUCAACCAGCGUUUUCAGUACCAGAACCGCAUUGCGGCCGAAUUCAACACUCUGUACCACUGGCACCCACUCCUGCCAGACACCUUCCAGAUACACAACCAGGAAUACACGUUCCAGCAGUUCCUCUACAACAACUCCAUAAUGCUGGAACACGGCCUUUCCCACAUGGUGAAGUCUUUCUCCAAGCAGAGGGCUGGCCGGGUUGCUGGGGGGAAAAACGUUCCUGCUGCAGUACAGAAGGUAGCAAAAGCUUCAAUCGACCAAAGCAGACAAAUGAGAUACCAGUCCCUGAAUGAGUAUAGGAAGCGCUUCAUGUUGAAACCAUUUAAAUCAUUUGAGGAACUUACAGGAGAGAAAGAAAUGGCAGCAGAACUGGAAGAGCUUUAUGGAGACAUUGACGCUAUGGAGCUGUACCCAGGCCUGCUGGUAGAGAAGCCCCGACCUGGUGCCAUCUUCGGCGAAACGAUGGUGGAAAUCGGAGCACCCUUCUCCCUGAAAGGACUGAUGGGCAACACCAUCUGCUCCCCUGAGUACUGGAAGCCCAGCACUUUUGGGGGAAAAGUGGGCUUUGAAAUCAUCAAUACUGCCUCCCUCCAGAAGCUCAUCUGCCACAACGUGAAGGGCUGCCCCUUCACAGCUUUCCACGUGCUAAGCCCCGAGCCCACCGAGGCGACCAUCAACGUGAGCACCUCGAACACGGCCAUGGAAGACAUCAACCCCACACUACUACUGAAAGAGCGAUCGGCUGAGUUAUAAAGUAUCCACCUAUUUAUUUAUUUAAAUUAUUGUAUUUAUGUCUUAAUUAUUAUUAUUACUAUUUUUUAAAAGAACUCAUAUGUCUUCACUUUGGAGUUUGCCUUAGAUUUCUUACUCAGGUAAGGCUUCCAUUUACAAAAGGGAUUUUUCUAUGUCUGAGCUCAACAGUAGCAAAUCCCUUGUUUAAAUUCUUCUGUAACAGAACUAUGUAUGCCAAAGUGGACACAAGUUCCUUUUUUUUUUUAAUAUAUACACACUGCUUUCUUACUUGACAAAAAGGGCAUUUGUUUGUUGUUGUACUUUCCCUUGGUAAGUCACAACACUACACAAGCAAGUUACUGCCUCAGCCUUGAGAAGAGGCUGGCAAACUAAAAGGACUCGAGUUACUGCAGUUGAUAAUCUUUAGCAGUUUUCAUUGGCAAUUAAGAUGAAUGUAUGAUUUAUAUGUACUUUUUAAUGCAAACUCAGAAAAGAAGUUGCAUUUCCUCAUGGAUACUACCUCUCCCUCAUUGCAGAUAAGGCACUUUGUACAGUAACUUAUCGUGUGUGUGUGUGUGCGCGUGUGUGUGUAUGCCUGUGCUUUCCUGUGGCAUUACUUUUUAAGUUAUUAUUUAAAGACAAUAGAAUUCACUCUUCAUCCUAACCUUGUGCCAUGUACUUCAAAGCCACAAGUAUUAUUUGUGCUAGAGACGAUUCUGCUGGUUCUGAGGUAGAAAUUACUGAUCCUCAGGCUGCUUCGACUUUGAUAGAGAUGUUUUAUUUUGCAAGGCGGGGGAGCUCGUAAAUUUGGGAGCAUUAGUGCUCUUUCCAUAGCUGUAAUUCUCUGGCCUACUUGAUAUUGUAACUUUAAUCUUUGUCACUUUAAGGACAAGCAGACAGUGUAGUUCUAGUUAAGGACGUGACUAUUAUUUAGUCACCAGAUAUUUAGAGGUUAGUUAUUCUGGCUUUACUGUUUGUAUCCUAAAAACACCAUUGAAAUCAUCUGGAUUAGAAGAACUGGGAAGCUGUGGAAGCAUCCCCAGCAAAAAUGAAUCCUGGACUGAUCUGACAGUUUCAUAGGGGCAAAACUU